AGGGUGUGUCUCCCAAACGACCAAAAACGAAAGUACACCAACUGUGGAAGAGUGAACUUUGUAACAAAGCAUGUUUACUUUCAUCUACACAUCUUAAAAUAAGGAUGAUGGUUGUUGGUGUGACUCUCCUGAUUUUCUACAGCUUUAUGGAAUCUCAUUCAGAGCAAUUAAAGGUGGUUGGUCUGGAAGCUUCUCUUGAUGCUGUUGCUGGUGAAAAUCUGGUCCUUCCUUGUUUCAUCAAACCCAACACCAGUGCUGUGGACAUGACAGUGGAGUGGCUAAGGAUAGAGGAAAUGCCCUUAUUAGUGCAUCUCUACAGGGAUUAUGCAGACAGAUAUGAAAAGCAGACUCCAUCAUACAGAGGAAGAACAUCACUGUUCAAAGAAGAGCUACAGAAAGGCAACGCUUCACUCAAACUCUCACCUGUCCGAGUUUCUGAUGAAGGAGUAUAUAUGUGUCUCAUUAAGGACAAGUCCUGUUAUGAUGACAUGAUUGUUUACAUCAGAGUUGAGGCUCAGGGAAGCCACCCAGUGAUCAUGAUGGAAAGUUAUGAUAACUUAGGAGGGGUUAAUCUAGUGUGUGAGUCCAGAGGCUGGAACCCUGAACCUGAUGUUCUGUGGCUGAACAGUGAAGGAGACCCUCUGCCUGCUGAAGAGACACAGAUUGACAGAGACACUGAGGGCUUCAGUGUGAAACGCCGCAUCACUGUUCAUGAUUAUAGUGACUCCAACAAAUUUUACUGCAGACUUCAACAAAAACAUCACAUGAUGGAGACAGAGGUUAUAAUUAAUAGUAAAGUCUUUGAGGCUUGGAAGUGGGACGUCGGCAUUUCACUGUCAGCAUGUCUUAUUACUCUUGGAGCAAUAAUAACUGCUGUUAUCUGUUACAGUAAAGCCUCAGAGCUUCAGAAGGUGGAGAAAUACGCAGAGUUAUUAAAGAAGAAGUUGUCUUCAGUGGAUGUGACUCUGGAUCCUGAUACAGCUCAUCCUCGACUCAGAGUUUCUGCUGAUGGAAAACAAAUGACACGUUUAGACACACGACAGGAGAAUCUCACUGAUACACCAGAGAGGUUUGAUUUUUAUCUCUGUGUUGUGGGAAAGCAGAGUUUCUCCUCAGGGAGAUUUUAUUAUGAGGUGCAGGUCAGAGGGAACACCAGGUGGACAUUGGGAGUGAUGAGAGAGAGCGUUACCAGGAAGUGGUGGAUUAUAGAAAGACCUCGGGGUGGACUCUGGACUGUGGCACUGGCGAGGAAUCAGUACAGUGCUAAUGCUGAUCCCUCUGUCCGCCUCACACUGAGAGAGAAGGUGGAGAAGGUGGGGGUGUUUGUGGAUUAUGAGGAGGGUCUGGUCUCCUUUUAUGAUGUGGAGUCCAGAUCUCAUAUCUACUCUUUCACUGGUCAGUUGUUUACUGAAAAACUCUUUCCAUACUUCAGGACUCUGGACAAUAAUCCACUGAUCAUCCCUGCUGUUACUGAAUAACAUCUGAUUUAUAGUUUAUAACAUUUUAUACUGUAUGUUUUACAGCUGGCUAUAAUCAUCACUUACUUCUAAAACCAAAAUAAUAAUUUGUAUUAAAUAUGAUUAGAGACUAAAUGUUAUUGUGUAUAAAAUAAACAUAAACAGUUGAAACAUG